AAGGGAGUAGAAAUCAAAAAAUUUCACUCGGAGCCCCAAGUAGAAGCUCGGAUUCUCGUCGGAAAACCAUGGGCUUGAGCAACGGACCUUGUCCCGUCGAUACAGAUGCUGUCAUUCGAUGCUCCGGUUCAGAACCCCAACCGGAAUCGAAGGAGGACUUGGAGGAGCUGGAGAGUGAUCUGCCGAAGAUGGCCCAGAAGAUUCUAGAAUACAGAGCGACGCUUCAGGAUGAGCUCAAGGCCACUCUUGCAACGGUGCUCUCCGUUCAAAGACCCAUUUUGCCUGGCAUGGACCCUGGACCAUCCGAGGAGCGCAACCCAGAUUCAAGACAGGUGGAAUCCAGUAGUGAGAAUUCAAUGGCAGAUGGCGAGAAAAGGACUACAGAGAAGAUAGUUUUGGUAGAAGACAAAGUUUCUGCCAAUGUCACUGCCUUGCAGAUUGUUCUCAAGAGGUUGAGAGAGUGUAUCUCCAGGAUGGAAAAAUUAGACUCUUGCAAUGGAAUCAUACAUCCAGCUUUUAGAAAGAUAAAAAAUAGUUGACCAGUUGUGUUGAGUUUGAUAGCGAGUGUGGUUCGACACAAAGUAGGUUCCAUAAUUGACCAAGAUCAACAUUGAAAAAGCUGGAUUUUGUAUAAAGUCUUUGCUUCUGUAACAACUAUGGGAUUCUGAGGUUUCC